UUGGAAAUUACGGAAGUCAAAAAUGAACAUCGUGGACUAUGGAGAUGCGAAGCAGAAAAUGACGCUGGCAAAAAACAUCUAGAAUUCACUUUGGACGUUUGGACCACUCCAAUUGUCACGAUUACACCGAAGAAUGCUGUGAAACCAAUUGGAGAAUCAGUUACACUGAUAUGCGAAGCUAAGGGAAAUCCACCAUCAACGUUGACGUGGAUGAAAGAUGGUCAACCUCUAAUAUCAUCAAUUGAUGGAGCUCGUAUAUCCAUGAGAGGUGACCGACUGGACAUUCCACGUUUACAGCAGACUCAUGUCGGUGACUAUACUUGUGAAGCCAAUAACGAAGCUGGACCUGGCUCAGACACCGCUUCUGUAGAUGUUUUAGUUCCUCCAUUGAUCAAUCGUGAUGGCAUUGAUAUGAGUCCCCGUUUACCUGUUUCUCACACGCCAACUUUGUAUUGCGAAGCCAGCGGAAAGCCUUUCCCAGAAAUUCAGUGGUGA